CCUAGAGUCCUCUACUCUCUCUCUCUCUCUCCCCUAAAGACUUCCGUUUCCUCAUUCUGCCUGUCCGUCAGGAUGGCGGUGCUGGAGGGCCUGGAGUUUGGGAAGUCUGAUUUUGUCCUUCUGGACGAGGUGAACAUAGAGCAGUUUAUGGAGAACCUGAAGCUGAGGUUUGAGAAAGCCCGUAUCUACACCUUCAUAGGAGAGGGGGUGGUGUCAGUCAAUCCUUACAAACAGAUGGACAUCUACGGGAAGGAGGACAUCAAUGCUUAUCGCGGCCGGGAGCUGUACGAGAACCCUCCCCACCUGUACGCUGUGGCCGACGCUGCGUACAAGGCCAUGAAGAGACGAGCCAAAGACACCUGCAUCGUCGUUUCAGGAGAAAGUGGCGCCGGAAAGACAGAGGCUAGCAAAUACAUCAUGCAGUACAUCGCAGCCAUCACCAACCCCAGCCAGAGAGCAGAGGUCGAGAGUGUCAAGAAUGUUCUUCUGAAGUCCAACUGUGUGCUGGAGGCCUUCGGUAACGCCAAGACCAACCGCAACGACAACUCCAGCCGCUUUGGGAAGUACAUGGACAUCAACUUCAACUUCAACGGCGACCCUACCGGCGGCCAUAUUAACAACUACCUACUGGAGAAGUCAAGGGUGGUGCAGCAGAAUGGAGGUGAGAGGAACUUCCACUCCUUCUACCAGUUACUACGGGGAGGCUCAGAUGACAUGUUAAAGUCCCUUCACCUGCACAAUGAUCCUGCCAACUAUGUGUACACCAGAGAUGGAGCUGUCGCCACUACGUCCUAUAACGACCGGUACAGCCACAACGCAGUGCUGAGUGCCCUGAAUGUGAUUGGCUUCUCAGAGGAGGAGAUUCACUCCAUCUACAGAAUCCUGGGGACCAUCCUCAUCCUGGGUAACCUGCAGUUUGAGACAGACAGAGAGAGUGUCCUGGUGGUGGGGAUGGAGGACGUGAGUCACAUCGCUGAGCUGAUCAGCACAGAGCCAAACAACGUGACCAAGAGCCUGCUGUACCGGACUGUGGCCACCGGGGCCGGAGAAGUCAUAGAGAAGGGACAUUCUGAGAAGGAGGCCUGCUUCGGCCGGGAUGCUUUCACCAAGGCUCUCUAUGAGAGACUAUUUGGUUGGAUUGUAAGCCGUAUCAACGCUGUUAUUGAGGUGAAAGACUACAAUCCAGUGCUUCAUGGGAAAAACACAGUUAUUGGAGUGCUGGAUAUUUACGGCUUUGAGAUCUUCGACAACAACAGCUUUGAGCAGUUCUGCAUCAACUACUGUAAUGAGAAGCUGCAGCAGCUCUUCAUCCAGCUGAUCCUUUGCCAGGAACAAGACGAGUACAAGAGAGAGGGUAUAACCUGGCAGCAUAUUGACUACUUUAACAACCAGAUCAUCGUGGAUCUGGUGGAACAGCCCCAUAAAGGCAUCAUCUCUGUGCUGGACGAGGCCUGUCUCUCUGUGGGGAAGGUGACAGACACUGUCUGCCUGGAGAGUAUGGAUGCUAAGCUGGGCCAACACCCCCACUACACCUCUCGCAAGCUCGCGCCCUCAGACAAGACCAUGGAGUUCCACAGAGAUUUCCGUAUCCGCCACUACGCUGGAGACGUCACGUACUCUGUCGAGGGCUUUUUGGACAAGAACAAGGACCCCCUCUUCCAAGAUUUCAAGAGGCUCAUGUUUAACAGUUCCAACCCUGUGAUGAAGGAGAUGUGGCCUGAUGGUCAGCUGAGCAUCACAGAGGUCACCAAGCGACCCCUGACGGCAGCCACCCUCUUCAAGAACUCCAUUGUGGCUCUAGUGGAAAAACUGAGCUGCAAGGAGCCGUACUAUGUUCGCUGUAUUAAGCCAAAUGAUAUGAAGUCUCCCGCGCUGUUUGACGAUGCCCGCUGCCAACACCAGGUGGCGUACCUGGGCCUGUUGGAGAACGUCAGAGUGCGGAGAGCAGGGUUCGCCUACCGCCAAGCCUACACACGCUUCCUACAGAGGUAUAAGAUGACCUGUGAGUACACCUGGCCCAACCACCUGAUGGGAACAGACAGGGAGGCAGUGGAGGCUAUUGUCACGCAGCAUGGUUUCCAGGAUGACGUCGCGUAUGGACAUACCAAGCUGUUUGUGCGAACGCCAAAGUCUCUCUUCACCCUGGAGCAGGAGAGAGCCGCUCUCAUCCCUGUCCUGGUGCUCUUCCUACAGAAGGUGUGGCGCGGGGCGCUGGCGAGGAUGCGUUGCCGGCGGAUGCGCGCCAUCUUUGUCAUCAUGGGCUGCUACAAGCGUUACAAGGUCAAGGUCCACUUCUGGGAGGUGGCGCGACGCUUCGCCAACGUAUGCAACAUGGCUGACUAUGGGAAAAGCGUGGAGUGGCCCACACCACCAGCAGCCCUCACACAAUUCCACAGCAUCACGCAGAAGCUGCACCGCAGAUGGCGUGCGUGGCAGAUAGUGAAGAAUAUCCCACCAUCUGACAUGGGGGAAAUACGGGCCAAGGUGGCUGCUCUGGGGGCCCUGAAUGGGGAGAGGAAGGACUGGGGCUGUGGUCGAUCCUGGGAGAGAGACUACCUGGCUAAUGUGAGGGACAGUCAUCAAAGCAGCUCCAACUUCAUACUAUUCUCCCAAGAGCUCAGGAACAAAGACGAGUACAACCAGGUCAUCUUCUCUGGAUUCUGUAGGAAGAUGAACAGAUUCAAUAAAAGCUCAGACCGAGCUUUGCUGAUCACAGACAAACAUAUCUACAAACUGGACCCCAAAAAACAGUUUAAAGUGUUGAAAAGACUGCCUCUAGAAGUGAUAACAGGUCUGAGUGUCACUGCAGGCGUUGACCAGAUGGUGGCGCUACACACUUCCUCCCAGGAUGAUGUUCUUCUCUACAUCCAGAGAGGGGAGCUGUGCCCCGACCAGGACCGCAUCGGGGAGCUGGUGGGAAGGCUCAUCGACCACUUCACACGUGUGAGGAACACCCCUCUCCUGGUGAAGGUUUGCUGCUCGGCCAUCCAGCUGCACAUGCGGGGCAAGCCCAAGAGCGUAACCGUGGAGACCAAGGCCGGCCAGGCCAACGCAGACUUCAGGAAGAGCCGCGACGGUUUUACCCUCCUGAUCCCAUCCAACUGAGACAGUCACCACUAGCUCCCCCAGCCAAUUACAAGAGAUGGUCACCCCUCUAAUGUCUAUGGUUCAGGCCAGAGAUGGUCACCCCUCUAAUGUCUGUGGUUCAGGCCAGAGAUGGUCACCCCUCUAAUGUCUGUGGUUCAGACCAGAGAUGGUCACCCCUCUAAUGUCUGUGGUUCAGACCAGAGAUGGUCACCCCUCUAAUGUCUGUGGUUCAGACCAGAGAUGUUCACCCCUCUAAUGUCUGUGGUUCAGGCCAGAGAUGGUCACCCCUCUAAUGUCUGUGGUUCAGGCCAGGGAUGUUGGUAUCGUCUGCUGUAAUUUCAGAUUCUUGGAACUUCAUCUUAUUGGUGGAUGAAAACCAAAUCACUUUUUAAGGCAAUAGGCUUAGGAUUUCUCAUUGGCAGUUCGAUGUUUUAUUGUAUUAUACAGUAUAUGAUGCUUACAGGUAUAACCUUUUUUCACUUUUUGUUGUAAUUUCCAAGGAUGAAACAAAGACAUGUAGCCGAGAGACUGAAAUUACACAACCAAGAGUAGCAACAUUUCACAUAGAUUAUUCAGACUAAUUUCUCUUAGCUAGUGUGUUUUUAUAACUAGUGUGUUUACUGAGAGGACAUCGAUUUUACUGCCUUUGACCCAUGGUGCAUUAUCUCACCACGCUGCCUUGAAAGGACACAAUGUUCAUAUCAUGACAAUGAAACAAUGAAGAAGUCAUUUAUUAAAAUGUAUUUUAUCUCAUUGUGGUGGCAAUGUUUAUUCUACCAGAGUAUAUUACAAUGUUAAGCAAUAACGCCCGAGGAGGUAUACGGGCUGAUAUACCAUAGCUGUCAGCCAAUCAGCAUUCAGGGCUCGAACCACCCAGUUUAUAAUAUAUUUUAUAUUAUGGCCCAACUUUCCAGAGCCAGAUUAAGUCCAAGGAGAAUGAUUUGUCCCAGGACCAGGCCUAAUAUGGGUCAAAGAUACCAGCCCUAUAUAGUGUAAUGUAACUGAGUAUAUCCUGCUAAAUACCUCUCUCUCUCUCUCUUCUCUCUCUCUACCUUUCAAUUCAAGGGAUUUAUUGUCAUGGGACAUAUGUUUACAUUGUCAAAGCAAGUGAAAUGGAUGAUAAACAAAAAUGAUAUAAAUAAUAAAAAAAUUAACA